AUGGAAUUCUUCGUCCUGCCAGAGACUCCUUCCAAGUGCCGAUGUGAAGAUCCUUGCAUCGGCAAAGACUUUGGUGCCUCAGGACGUGGGACCGACCCAGCGACCGGAGAAAUCCUUUGCGACUGCCAUACUCAGGUUGCAAACACCGAGUGCUCGAGGCCGGGGCAACAAACCUUCUCCAUUGUGGGCAACGCCGCUGGCUGCCAUUGCGAGCCCGCCCCAGUAUGGGCAAGGAGCAUCAAGAGCCCCGUGGAGACGGCCGCCCUGGCCUUUUGCGAAGCAGCGGCCCAGGAGGGCGACGAGGACUCAGUCCCCUCGGUGUCCGUAUGCGAGGGGCAACUCUCCAAUAGAAAGGCGACGGGUCCCUACGGGCGCUUGGACGCCUUGCUUGCAGAAGCUCCAAAGACCGUCGCUUGGCAUUUAAAUCGAGUAUGCAGAGACGAGUGCAAAGAGUUGGUGAAGAAGACGAAGGGGGAAAUGAAGAAGAUGCAAAGAGACAUGGGCAGCCCUCGAGGUGGUGAUGACAGAGCCAUACCCGUCGGCGAGACGUGUGCCGAUCGCGUUGUGAAGCAGGCUGAGGCGGAGAUCUUCGGAUGCUGCGGCCGGUCCUGCGGGUGGAACGGCCGCAGCUGCAUCUCUUGGCCGUUUUUCGAUGAGCGGCAAAAGGCUGAUUGGCAGGCUGAAUGCUGCACUGAAUAUAACGUCUUGAAGAACUCCAGCCGCGAAAAGAUGUGCAACUCGGUGCUGAAGAAGCACGAUGCAGACUUGGCUUCGAAGAAUGACCUGAGCCAGGAGGGCAAAGAUGUGGCCGCGGCCUAUGUUGGCCAAGACUUCCAACUUCUGUGGACCCAAAAAGGCGUCGACUCCGAGCUGGGCCGGAACUACACCUGGCUGCAGCCAAAGCCGAAGGCUGGGGAAGAAGUGACCGAGCAGCUCCUACUGCUUCAGCCCAACAUCCGGAAGAAGGCGCUCGACGAAGGCUGGUUCAAACAAAAGAAGCUUGAAACAGCUUCGCUCAUGGAGAUACAGGGUACACCCACCAACUGUAUCCCCAAGGAGAUGGAUACAUGCACGAGUGACAUGCAGGAGUUGCGCAUAAGUGUUUGCGCCAAGCAGGAAGGCUGGCUUUACUCUCACAUACCAAGCAAAAUGAAGUGCAAGAAGAUGAUUGACACAAAGAAGAUGGCCAAGAGCCCCUACGAAUGCUUCACUGAAGCCAAGUAUGGCGCUGUGGGUACAAUCAAGCACUAUGCGUUCCACUACAACAAAGCGAAUGCAGAGCAGCCCAUUACGUGCUACGCACAACCAGACAAGUCAACUUGCAGUUUGAGGCCACCACCCAAGCUUGUGCAAAAGGACACUGUCAUUAAAUUCGACUCGGUUUGGCUCUGGCUUGAUGCACCUGUCAAGGCAAAGACCUCUACACCCUAGAAUCGCUUGACGUCCCGGCCCAGUGUGAAAUAGAGCGGCCUGAGCUGAUCAAAACAUGGACAGAUGAAAACCAU